AUGACCGAAGCGCAAACUGAAGGCAGUGUCAAUGUUGAAGCGACAGGGACAGGAACAGCAACAUCUAAAACUGCUGCUACCGAGACAAACAGAGAUAGGGGCAGCUCAGGAACACCAGUAGGCGCAAUUGCUGGAGGAACAGUUGGCGGUGUAGCAGCACUCGCUCUCAUCGGCGUGGGAGUGUUUUUCUUCCUCCGCCGACAGAAGAAGAAGAGCAAAGCUUCAGAUUCAUCAAACUACCAACAAGCACCUAGAGGUGACAAACCGGGAUGGAGCCAGCAACAACAACAGCAACAGCAACAAGGCGGCUACUACUACUACUACGAUCCAAAUUCGCCAUCUGCGGGUUACAAUGGAAGCCCAAAUGGUCAGUAUGGAUAUCAACAGCCUGCUAUUCAUGAAGCUGGCGGUGAGGCCGUGGGGAGCAUCCCUCAGGAACUUCCAGAGAGUGGACCUGGGGAAAAGAAGCCUGUAGAGCUUGCUUGA